AUGGAAAGCGGGAGAAUGGGGCCGGGUGAUGGAAAGCGGGAGAAUGGGCGGGGCGAUGGAAAGCGGGAGAAAGGGGGCGGGCGAUGGAAGGAGGGAGAAUUGGCGGACGUGGACAUGGACGUGGAGGACUUGGACGUGGACGUGGACGUGGACGUGGAGGACUUGGACGUGGACAUGGACGUGGACGUGGACGUGGACGUGGACGUGGUCGUGGACGUGGACGUGGACAUGGACGUGGACGUGGACGUGGACAUGGACAUGGACAUGGACAUGGACGUGGACAUGGACGUGGACGUGGACGUGGACGUGGACGUGGACGUGGACAUGGACGUGGACAUGGACGUGGACGUGGACGUGGACGUGAACGUGGACGUGGACGUGGACGUGGACGCGGACGAGGACGCGGACGAGGACGUGGACGUGGACGUGGACGUGGACACGUGGACGUGCACGUGGAUGUGGACGUGGACGUGGACAUGGACGUGGACGUGGACGUGGACGUGGACGUGGACAUGGACGUGGAGGACUUGGACGUGGAAUUGGACGUGGUCAUGGACGUGGACGUGGACGUGGUCGUGGACGUGGACGUGGACGUGGACGAUGACAUGGACGUGGACGAGGACGUGGACGUGGACGUGGACAUGGACGUGGACAUGGACAUGGACGUGGACGUGGACGUGGACGAGGACGUGGACGUGGACGUGGACGUGGACGUGGACAUGGACGUGGACAUGGACGUGGACGAGGACGUGUACGUGGACGUGGACAGACAUGGACAUGGACAUGGACAUGGACAUGGACGUGGACAUGGACGUGGACGUGGACGUAGACAUGGACAUGGACAUGGACGUGGACCUGGACGUGGACGUGGACAUGGACGUGGACCUGGACGUGGACAUGGACGUGGACGUGGACAUGGACAUGGACAUGGACGUGGACAUGGACAUGGACAUGGACAUGGACGUGGACGUGGACGUGGACAUGGACAUGGACGUGGACAUGGACGUGGACGUGGACAUGGACAUGGACGUGGACGUGGACGUGGACAUGGACGUGGACGUGGACGUGGACGUGGACGUGGACGUGGACAUGGACGCCGACGUGGACGUGGACGUGGACAUGGACGUGGACGUGGACAUGGACGUGGACGUGGACGUGGACGUGGACAUGGACGUGGUUGUGGACGUGGACGUGGAGGACUUGGACGUGGACAUGGACGUGGACAUGAACGUGGACGUGGACGUGGACGUGGACGUGGACAUGGUCGUGGACGUGGUCGUGGACGUGGACGUGGAGGUGGACGUGGAUGUGGACGUGGACGUGGACAUGGACGUGGACGUGGACAUGGACGUGGACAUGGACGUGGACCUGGAUGUGGAUGUGGACGUGGACGUGGACGUGGACGUGGACGUGGACGUGGACAUGGACAUGGACAUGGACAUGUACGUGGACGUGGAUAUGUACGUGGACAUGGACGUGGACGUGGACGUGGACGUGAACGUGGAUGGACGCGGACGUGGACGGACGUGGACGUGGACGUGGACGUGGACGUGGACGUGGACAUGGACGUGGACGUGGACGCGGACAUGGACGUGGACGUGGACAUGGACGUGGACGUGGGACAUGGACGUGAAGUGGAUGUGGACAUGGACGUGGACGUGGACGUGGACGUGGACGUAG